AUGGACCUGCUGUCUUUAGUGCUUUGUGUCCUGUUGGAAGCCCUGGCUGUGUACAGUCAAGGUCUUGCAGAGGAACGCAUAGUGGGAGGCUACGCACCAGUUCCACAUUCCAUCAAGUACAUUGUGUCGGUGCAGACCACGAACCGUCAGCACUUCUGUGGGGGCUUCUUGAUCAGUCGAUUCUGGGUAGUCACAGCAGCACAUUGUAACAUCGGGGUCGACAGAAUGAUGGUAGUGGCAGGAGACUACUCUUUGUCUGUUUACGAGGGCACAGAACAAGAAGUCUUUCCACAGUUUUUGGUGCCACACCCUCAAUUUAACUCCCAAACCAACAACUACGACGUCAUGCUCAUUAAGCUGAGGUCCCCCGUCUAUCUGAACGACUAUGUUUCCAUCAUUCUGCUGCCCAGAUAUGACGCAGCUAUACCAGCGGGCACAACGUGUCGCGUGUCAGGAUGGGGAUAUACCAGCCCCACUGGGGGCACGAUUCCCUCCACCCUUCGGACCGUGACACUUCCCAUUAUUUCCUCAGCUAAAUGUAACAGCUCUGCAUCCUUUAAUGGUAGAAUCACAGAAAACAUGAUGUGUGCUGGUUAUGAUCUGGGUGGAAAGGAUGCCUGUCAGGGAGACUCAGGCGGCCCUCUUGUGUGCGAUGGCCGGGCCUAUGGAGUGGUGUCAUGGGGAAUAGGUUGUGCCGAGGCACAGUUUCCUGGAGUCUACACAGCCAUGUCCAAAUUCCGCAGAUGGAUAGACACCACCAUAUUUAGCUACUACAGCAAAUCCCCCAUCCUACAUUCACUGGACUCCAGCAAACCCUUUAUUGUGGAGGUGGAUGCCUCCAGCACAGGUGCCAGAGCUGUUCUCAGCCAGUGCAGCAGUGAUUGGAAGGUGCACCCACCUGGAAUCAAGAAUCUGAAGCCCGAUGCCCUGUCCUGUCUCGAGGAGGAUGAGCCCAGUCACACUCCAAUGAAGAAGGACUUCGUCCUUCCGGAGACAUCUGAUGGUCAGUCAGAGCGAGCCAACCAGGAGGUGGAGACCAAGCUUUGCAUCAUGUGUCAGGAUGAUCCUAUCAACUGGGCCGACAACCUACCAUGGGUUGAGCAUGCUAUGAACUCUCUGCCCUCAUCCACCACAGGAAUGGGAGGCUUGGGUGCCAUCUGCCCACAGGGCUGCCCUAUGAUGUCAGCGGAGCUGGAGGAGAGCCAGUAG